GUUUUUCUCCAAGAAACUCCAAAAAGUUCUUUAGUUACACAUAUGAUCUUAUAAAAGUUUGAGACUAGCAAAAAAUGCAAAAUCUCAAAAUUACAAUAGAUCUUCUCCAUAUCAAGCCAAUUAAAAAUAAAUCAGAUGAAAAGUUAUAUCACGGAAAAGAGUUUCAGGAACAUAAUUCUAUCUCGAAUUUACAGAAUGAUAAUCAAUCUUUGUCUCGAAAAUCGCUCUCUUCAACGAACAAGUUAUCCAAUGUUGAAGUCUAUUAUGGAAAUGCUCCAUUGGCUGUUCCAUUUAAGUGGGAAUCUCAACCAGGAACACCAAAAGUCAAGAUUCUUGAAACUCCACUUCCUCCUCUUACUCCUCCACCGUCAUUUCUCGAAAAGAAGAUGAAAAAUGCUAUAAAAAAGCAAACAAAGGGCAAAUUGUUACAAAGGCUUUUUUUCCUUCCCAAAUUAAACUUGAGGAAAAGUCAACUACAACCAUCUCCAACUAGUUCUUCAUCAUCAUCAUUGUCGUCGUCGUCAUUUUCGUCACCGCCUAGGUGUUGGUCAUAUUCAGUUCCUUCAUCUCCGUGCAGAGUCAAAUCUAAUUUCUAGAAUUGGUGAGUUCAGAGUAUGUGCAUCUUAUUAUGUGUAUACAUUUAAGUUGUAUGUAUACAUUGUUUGAAUUCGGAUUAAUGGAUCCAGUUGAACCUACAAAUUUUUGUCUCCAUACACUCUUAAGUUUCAAGUAUACAAGUUGGAUUCCAAUGUCCAAGGCCAAGAUUGUCAUUUAUUCAAGGUUGGAGAUGAUCAUAUGUUAUCAAGCAAUGACCAAGACUAGUUGCAGUUAGAACUUAAGUGUUUUUAUAUCCUUUUAGGAAUUGUACAAUUAAUGUGUAACUUAAUUUCACAAAAUUGUAUGGUUAUGAAAGGAUAUUAAGAAGUUGAUUGUGCAAUUUGGCAUGUGAUUUCAUUUCGUAAUGUACUUGUGUCAUUGUAAAGAGAAGAAAUAGAGGUAAAGUUUAU